AUUGCAAUGAGGAAGCAUGACAUGGUGCCUGACCAUAGCUUUUUUGAGGGAUUAGUGGCAUGUGUAGCUGCCAUUGCACCAAAGGAUCAUUACAAGAAUCUGGAGGAAGGUAGCAUCGUUCUUAAGAAGUCAAAAACAUUCAGCUUUUGUGAAGAAGGUGUGCAUUUUGAAGGUGAAUGUACUCCAGUAAAGAGUGACAUUGUUAUCUUCGGAACCGGAUUCAACGGUGAUCAAAAGAUCAAGGACAUGUUCACAUCAGAAUACUUUCGGAGCAUAGUCGUUGGCUCAACAUCAACGACCGUGCCACUUUAUAGGGAGUGCAUCCAUCCAAAGAUUCCACAGCUCGCGGUCAUCGGCUAUUCCGAGAGCUUGACAAAUAUCUAUACAACAGAGCUUAUGUCCAAGUGGAUAUCACAUUUUAUGGAUGGUGGUUUCAGAUUGCCAAGUGUCAGAGAAAUGCAGAGGGAUGUCCUUGAAUGGGAGAAGUUCAUGAAGUGCUACUCUCGAGACUAUUUCCGUAGGUCAUGUGUUGGAAUUGUUCAUAUAUGGUACAAUGAUCAACUAUGCCAGGACAUGGGAUGCAACCCAAGAAGGAAGAAGGGUUUUUUCUCUGAAUUAUUUGAGCCUUAUGGUCCUUGUGAUUAUGUUAAUCUUCACCCCAAGUAAUAGUAGAUCACAUGUUUGCACACAAUAAGUUUUCUACCAGAUCCCUCAUGUACACACAUGUAUAAGUUGUCUACCAGAUCCCUCGUUGUUUACAUACUUGCAUGGUUACUUGUUAUAAUAUUGUAUGGUAUUGUGCCAGGACA